UGGGGUUUAAACAGAAAGCCCGUGUUCUCAGGGACCUUGCUUUUUUGUGCUCUGUCUCUGUCUCUCUCUCUGUCCCUGUCUCUAUCUCUGUCUGUCUCUCCUUUAACUUUGUACUCUAUUUGUUUCUCCUCACCAGACCCACUCAAGUCUUGCUUAUCCACAGCAAAACAAAAUGGUGAAGGCAGUACCUCCUUCACUAGUGUUCUCCUCACCUUCUGCUUUAUUUCUCUUGAAAGAGUGCCUUCACUUCCUUCUCCUCCCACUCAUCAGCUUCUUCCUACUACUUAACCAAAACUUUCAUAAAAGUUAUUCUUAUUCCCAUAGUCAAUGAAUAAUUCUCAGCUUAAAAAAAAUCCAUGACUUUCUCUGCAGCAUUUCAUACUAUUUGACAAUUUUCUUUCCUUCUUGAACUACAACCCCCUUCCACCCCAGUUUCUGUAAUACUGCACUGGGAUUCCUUUGUCUAUUCCUCUCUCAGUCUCCUGUACAAUCUUAUUUUGUCUGCCCCUUCCAAACUGCAUGUAUUGUCCAUUCUCCACCCUCCUCCUCGAUUCCUAGUCCAUGAAUGUCUUACCAUCCACCCAGAUACCUGGGCGUGUCACCUUGAGUCUGUCUUCUCACUCACCACUCUAACCCCACAUCUGAUCACUCAUCAUAUUUGAUUCCUUCUGCCUCCCACAUGCCUUGUGUCUCUGUGCAUUUAUAUCCUCUGCCUCUGUGAUUGUCACAGUCCACACAAAAACAGCUUAGCUCCUCAACAGUCUCUCUGCUUCAAGUUGUGUGACCCUCCCACGUGUUCUUCAUCUCACAGCCAGGGUGAUAUUUCCAAAACAGAUGCAAUCAUGUAGAUAGAGCCCAAGCCCUGGCCCAUGGCAGGUGCCAGUGACCUUUAACUGCAUGCAUGAAUGAAUGUUAUAUCCCUGCUUAAAACCCCCAAUAGUCUCCCAUGGCUCUUUGCAUCCAAGCUCUUUGACACAAUUUCAGGUUCUCCUGACUUGGCUGUUGCAUGUUGCUUUCACUGGCCUUGAAUAUGUCAUGCUUAUCCUUCCUCUACCUGGAACACCCUCCCUCCCUUCAGCUGGAACCACUUGGCUGAAUCUCUACAAGUCUCUAUUGCAACUACCACAAUAUGGCACCCUCCCCGCAUCUCCAUCUUCCCUGUCCUGAGAGCAAGGACCUGCUGCCCCCCUCGCUCACAUCUUCAUUCAUUCCAGAAGUCAGCACCACAGAAGUGCCCACAGUUACCCCAACCACCUUCUUAGAAGAUAACCACUCACAUGAGUUCCAGACCUAGCUCCUUCAGGUAAAGGAUCCUGAGAACUGAAGGCAAACAGAGCUCCAGAAGUCCAAGACAGAGCCACAGACCACGAGGAUCCCUGGCCCAGGCCUUGGACUUCAUUCCAUUUUCUGAUGAGUAAUAACUCAACGUUGAAAAUGUCCUUUGUGGGGGAGAACUCAGGAGUGAAAAUGGGCUCUGAAGACUGGGAAAAAGAUGAACCCCAGUGCUACUCAGAAAAAGAUGAACCCCAGUGCUACUCAGACAAAGAUGAACCCCAGUGCUACUCAGAAGACCCGGCUGGAAGUCCCCUGGAGCCAGGCCCAAGCUUCCCCUCCAUGAAUUUUGCUCACACAAGUCCAAAGGUGAAGAACUUAAACCCGAAGAAAUUCAGCAUUCACGACCGGGAUCACAAAGUACUGGUCGUGGACUCUGGGAAUCUCAUAGCAGUUCCAGAUAAAAACUACAUACGCCCAGAGAUCUUCUUUUUGUUAGCCUCAUCCUUGAGCUCAGCCUCUGCGGAGAAAGGAAGUCCGAUUCUCUUGGGGGUCUCUAAAGGGGAGUUUUGUCUCUCCUGUGACAAGGAUAAAGGACAAAGUCAUCCAUCCCUUCAGUUGAAGAAGAAGAAACUGAUGAAGCUGGCUGCCCUAAAGGAAUCAGCACGCCGGCCCUUCAUCUUUUAUAGGGCUCAGGUGGGCUCCCGGAACACGCUGGAGUCGGCAGCUCACCCCGGAUGGUUCAUCUGCACCUCCUGCAAUUGUAAUGAACCUGUUGCAGUGACAGACAAAUUUGAGAACAGGAAACACAUUGAAUUUUCAUUUCAACCAGUUUGCAAAGCUGAAAUGAGCCCCAGUGAGGUCAGCGAUUAGGAAACUGCCCCAUCAAAUGCCUUCCUUGCUAAUCCGAACUAGUUACAUAAAACACAAAAUCUGCUCACUAACAUUUAUGUCAGUGGGUGUCAUUUCUUAUUCAUACUUUAAGGAUUUUUGUUUUUAGAAUACAGCAAGAAGCUUGUUUAAUUACAAAGUUCUGGGUUGGAAAGAGACCAGCUUCUGUUUGUGUACUGCUAUCCUGAACCAUCAGACAUCCACGUGUGUGUCAUAUGCUAUGAUGUGGCCAGUCUGAGUGCGAUACUUGCAGCAGGAAGGAGCAGCUGGGUGCAUGCUGUGCUCUAGAAUUAGUCCUUCCACUGGGGUUUGGUAAGUUCUGAGGGCAUUGAUCCUGGGGCAGAAGUGGCUGAGUCUGUGUCUAGGGUACAGUGUGUAAGAAAGAAAUGUAACAGCAAGUCACGAUCCAGCCAAGUGAUAACGGAAAAGGGGUAGUUGGGUCCCAGAUAAAGAGCAGGGUGACCUGACCUGUGGAAAAGACACAGAGACAAGGAAUCUGGCUCAGAUGAUAGCCAGGAGACCAGGUGAGCAGCCAGUUAGUGUCUGGGAGGCCUGUCAACAGGGCAUGGUCCUAUCACUAAGCAGGGCUCAGAUCCUCAUAAUGGGGGAGAGGAAGGCUGGUCGUACAGAAAUCAGGGCCUGGAAGCAGAAUGAGGGGGUGGAUAUAGGGGAUGGAGGCCUGGAAAUUAGUUUAUUACUUUUAGCUCUUCAGUUACAAGCAAUAAUAAUCACUUCUAGCUUAUUUAAACAAAAAGUAUACUAUGAAAGGAGCUUUCUAGAAGGAUAUUGGGUAUAUUCAUUUCUUAGUGCUGCUGUAACAAAUUACCACCAACUUUGUGGUUUAAACAAUACAAUGUAUUAUCUUACAAUUAUGGAGGUCAGUCUGGAAUGUGUCUCACUGGGCCAAAAUAAAAGAACUAGCAGGAUUGCAAUGCUUCGGGGGGCUCUAGGGGACAGUCAAUUUCCUUGCCUCUUCCAGCUUCCAGAGGCCACCUGCGUUCCUUAGCUAGUGGCCCACUCCCAUCUUCACUGCUUGGGUUUUUCUCACACUGCUUUACUCUGACCCUCCUGACUUCUUCUUUCACAUAUAAUAACGCUUGCAGUUUACACCAGGCCCACCUCAAUAUGCAGGAUACUCUCACAUCUCAAAGAAGCUUAACUUUAAUCACAGAUGCAAAGUCCCUUUGCUGUGUAAGGUAACAUAUUCACAGGAUGUGGGGAUUAGAAUGUCCACAUUUUUGGGGUGCCAUUAUUCUGCCUAUCAUGUGAAGUAACUUUCAAAAUGGAAAGACAUGCUGAAGAACAAGUCAGGGAUUUCUGGCAGGCCAAAAAUGACAGAAGCCAGAAAACGUUGGUCCCCUCACUCAGAUGGGUAAGAGCCAAUCAUGUUUUUUGUCAGUUAGCAAAAGAUUGAGAUUCCAGACGAAUCAUGUGACUGCCCUAGUCAUGUAUGAACUCCUUGGUCAGUGAAGGGCAGCACACCUUGAUCAACACUCCCUACAAGACUGUAUCCAAUGAGGCCAGUGAUGUUCCUCAAAGCAGAGCUGGAGAGCUAAUCCCAGGGGAGAGGCGUGUUGGUGGUGGGCAGGCAGACAAAGCUUAGCCAUAAAGGAGGAGUAGGGACAGCACCCCAGGCACGGAGGCUCAAGUGAGAUGACACCCAUGGGAAGCUCUGACAAGGUCAGCGGCUUCUGUUUCUGAAUCUAAUGAUGAUGGUGAUCAACACCAGCCCAGUGACAAAAAAGUACAUAGUAUAUUUAGUAGAUAUUCCCAACACAGAGAAAUGGUAAAUAUUCAAGGCGAUGAAUACUCCAAACAUUCUACCUUGAUCAUUACACAUUCAGUGCAUGUAAUGAAUACUUGCAUGUAUGCCAUAAAUAGGUGAAAUAUUACAUAUGUAUAUAAAAGAAAAACAUGUGGCCAGGUGACACCGAUACUUUGGAGAGGAAGGCAUGUCUUCUUCAUAAUAUACAAAACUAUUUUCACGACAAAGACACAGCUAUUCAAAUUAGUCUCUGAGCCAGGGCUGUCUCAUGGCAGUGAGGACUCUGGUUCCCUUGCAGACUAGCAGAAAGAAGAUGGGGCUUACUGACCAUGACCUUGAGGAGGCUGAACAUGCAGGACAAAUGGAGACACAGACAGCCUGGGCUUGGUCCUGCUCCAUCCCCUUCCAACCUGGUGACAUAUAGCGAGUCACUCUGGCAUGGGUCACUCAUGCUUCCUGUGAGGUUCCACCAAGGUAGCGAAUGCAUCAACACCUUAGUGAAGCACAAGGCCCUCUGUACUGUUGACUUCACGAAAGGCAUGGUUGUGGUGAUCACAUAUGUGUGUGCUAUGCCAUUGAAUGCUGGAAACUUUUCUCACCCCAGCACUACCGACUCCCCUUUACCCAGUCUUAUUGUUCUCACUGUAACACCCUAUAUAGUUUGCUUCUUACAUUUAUUGUUUGUGUCUCCCACUAGCAUGUAAG